CUCGAAUAUUUUUUUUUUUUUUUUUUAAGUCCAAACUCCAGUCUGCAAUUUUAGCAAUUCACUCUGGACAUGGCGGAACAAGGGACUUUUCUAGUGCUGCAAAAUUAUAUUGGUGGUAAAUUUGUUCCUAGUACUAAGUUCAUUGAUUCCUAUGAUCCUUCAACGGGAAACACCUACUGCAAAGUGCCAGACAGUGGAAAAGAAGAGGUGAGAAAAAACUGCAUUUAUAGCUUUCCUUUAGUUGGAAUCUGCAGUAUCUAUAGACUGUAAGCUCAUUUGAGCAGGGUCCAUUUCAACCUAUUGUUCCUGUAGGUUUUCUUGUAAUUGUCCUAUUUAUAGUUAAAUCCUCUCUCUUAUAAUAUUGUAAAGCGCUUUGGAAUCUGUUGGCGCUAUAUAAAUGGCAAUAAUAAUAUCAACAGUUCUAUGGAGUUCUGCAGUCAUAUGUUGGUUGGGUUAGUGUAUAUCCUUAAGGGGUUGUUGAGCUAUGAUGUAAACAAUUUCAACUAAUGUAGAUAUUUAGUGUGCCACUAUAGAUCAUGCAGCACACUAAAAUCAACACUUGUGGCAACCACAGAAUUUCAUUAGCUAGAGCUUCAAACAAUGUAUAGAAAGAAAAUAUUUGUCCUAGUCAUUUAAGUUGCUUGUAGUAACCCUCAGAUGACACUCUACAUCAGGACCAAUAGAAUAAAAUAAAGUUGCUGGUUUGGCUGUUCUGUACCAUGCAGUUUAAUCACUGACUGACAAGUCAGCUCAUGUGAAUGUUUGGCUAAAUCUGGAAGCAAUGUCUUCUAUCUGAGUUUUUAAAAUUAUUACUAUAAUUUAUAUCGCACCAGCAAAUUCUGUAGCACUGUACAAUGGAAAUAAAUUUGUUUCCUACAUUAUGCUUUACAGACCUGCUGCUAUCUCUGAACAACUUGUGCAAUAAGUGGCCCUCCCUUAAAUUCAUUUAAAGAUUCUGCAUGCUCAUUAGGAAGAAACUAUUGAGACGAACUGAACCUCAUCACGUGCUCUUGGAGGGGCCUGCCAGCCAGCCUCUUGCCAAAAGACUACGGGCCAAGUCAACCAGGGCCGGAUUAACAUAGGGGCUGAUGGAGCUGCAGCUCCAGGCCCAGGCCCAUGGAAUAGGCCCAUUUAAAAAAAUUUUUUUUUUUUUUUUUACACACUACUCUUAGGUUUGCCAUCUGACUGGUAUUUUAAUGGCACAGAUGGUAUUUGAGGCUGCCUGGCCAUGCCGGUAUUGCAGUAAUACCGGCAAUACAAAUGCAGGUAAUUUUCUCAGAAUAAAUGGAAAUUACUCUGCAAUACCAGCACCGGCCAGUAGGGGUCACUGUGUGUGAAGAGAGGCAUAGAUAGGUAGUUACAGAAUAUCCCUGCCUCACUCUACUACUCACUGAACUGCAGGGGAGCAGCUACACAGCACAGAGAGUCCAGACAGCAGCUCUACAGCUCAGGUAAGUGAUGGAUGGGGGUAAAGGCAGCAGGGACACAUGGGGACACUGAUACACUAGGGGACAUAUGGGGACACUGAGAAACUAGGGGCACAGACACUAGGGGACACUGAGACACCUGGGGACACUGGAAAACAUGGAGACACAGACACUUGGGGACACAGACGCUAGGGGACACAGACACUAGGGGACACUGAGACACUAGGACACAUGGGGACACAGACACUGGGAGACCUGGGGACACUGAGACACUUGGGGACACUGAGACACAUGGGGAUGUUGAGACACAUCGGGACGCUGUGAGAUAUAGGGACAUUGAGACACGGAGACACCAUGUCCCCCAGCCAGUGUCCCUAGUGUCUGUGCCCCCAAGUCUCCCAGUGUCUGUAUCCCAUGUCUCUCAGUGUGCCUAGUGUCCCCAUGUCUAUGUCCACAACUGUUCCCAUGUCUCCCCAAGUGUCUGUCUCCCAGCCAGUGUCCCCUAGUCUCCCAGUAUCCCCUAGUCUCACAGUUUCCCCUAGUCUCCCAGUGUCUGUGUCCCUAGUGUCCCCAAAUGUUUGUGUCUCCAUGUCUCCCAGUGUCUGUGUGCCUGGUGUCCCCAUGUCUCCCAGUGUCCCUAUAUGUCCCAGUAUCCACAUGUCUAUGUCCACAACUGUCCCCAUGUCUCCCAGUGUCCCCAAGUGUCUGUCCCCCAGCCAGUGUCCCCUAGUCUCCCAGUGUCUGUGUUCCCAUGUCUGUGUCCCUAGUGUCUUAGUGUCCCCAAAUGUUUCAGUGUCCCCAUGUCUCCCAGUGUCUGUGUCCCUAGUGUCUCAGUGUCCCCAUUUCUCCCAGUUUCCCUAAAUGUCUGUGUCCCCAUGUUUCUGUGUCCCCGGGUCUCUCAGUGUCCCCAUGUCUCUGUGUCCCCAGUAUCCUAGUGACAUGGGGACACACUGAGACAUUGGGACACUGGGAGAAAUGGGGACACAGACACUGGGAGACUAGGGGACUGGGCAACAUGGGGACACUGAGACACUGGGUGACUUGCGAGACUGAGACACUGGGAGACAGGGAGACACUGGGAGCAAUCCAUCUAUACAGCAGAAUCAAACUGUGAGUAGCUUGUUGGUGAUUUUAUGGAAUUUUCUCUGAUGUCACUUCUUGUGAUUUACAUCAUGUGAUGUCACGCAUAACUAAUUAAUUAUACAAAUGAUUAAGGCUGGUAUUUUUUUCAAAGAAAGGUGGCAACCUUAACUACUCUUCACAUACUCUUGCUUAAAGGAGCACUAUAGGGUCAGGAAUCAACGCAUGUAUUGAAUCAACGCAUCUCUAUGAGGAAAGUUCAGUGUCUGUAUGCAAAGGGUGGAGACACUGAAUGGCAGUGCUGCACACUAGGCAGUACUGCCCCAGGAAGCACCUCUAGCAGCCAUCUAAGGAGCGGCCAGUGGAGUUAUUUUCUCUGAAAAUACAGUGUUUACUGCAAAAAGCCUGAAUGGAAUGAUUCUACUUACCAGAAUAAAUACAAUAAGCUGUAGUUGUUCUGGUGACUAUAGUGUCCCUUUAAGUUUGGAAGCUUAAGAGGGAUGUAUGGGACCAAAACUUGUGUGCACUGGCUGACAUUAAAGUUAGUUUAGGUAAUGCAGACGUUGGUCUCUCUAACACUGUGGCAUGUCCCCUUUCUUCUACACUCACUACAGACACCUUUUCUCUGUCUCAGACUAUAUACCAGGAACUUCUACCUGCUAGUAAGAAGGUAAGGAGACAAGUGGACCAGCGAGUGCUAGGGGACAGUCCUUAGAAAGAAUGGAGUGAGCACAUCAUUAGACGCAUUUAUGUCAAGCUCAAGGUGCUGCCUGCAUAGUAUGCCCUUAGUUGGACAGCCUGCAGGAUUGGCAGGCAGCCUGACAUGCAUUCAUGCCAGGCUGACCUUCCAAUUCGUUGGACAAACAUGCCCCCUUUUUGGGCAUGUUCACCCCUUUUGGCAGGUCUUGUCACAUGAUUUGCGCCAGUGGCACACCCUUUUACCCUGCCCAUUGACUUCCUGCUUCACUGGACACUGCUGUUAGGGGUUAUGGAUUUACUUGAAAGAUGAAAGCAUAAAUUAGAGAGAGAUUAGCAUAGAGUACCGUAUUUUUCGUUCCAUAAGACGCAUCUCACCAUAAGACGCACCUAGUUUUUAGAGGAGGAAAUCCGGAAAAAAAAUAUUCUGAACUGUUCCAUAGUGUUUCUUACUAUGGGACAGUUUGUUCAGAAUAUUAUUUUUUUAAGGAAUUUUUUGUACCUUACCAUCCACUCCCCUCUCCUGUCCCAUAAUGAUCAUUAACCCCCCCUCCCCUGUCCCAUAGUUAUUUUAACCACCCUUUCCUCUGCCCCAUAGUGAUUGUUAACCCCUCCUCCCUGUCCCAUAGUGUUCUUUAACCCCUCCUACCCUUGUCCAUUAGUGUUCUGAUCCCAUAGUGUCCCCCCUCCCAUUGUUCCAUAGUGCACUUUCCCUCCCAUAGUGUCCCCCUCCCCUUCUCCCAUAGUGUCUCCCCCUCCCUUUCUCCCAUAGUGUCUCCCCCUCCCUUUCUCCCAUAGUGUCUCCCCCUCCCUUGAUCCAUAGUGUCCUCCUCCCCUUCUCCCAUAGUGUCCUCCUCCCCUUCUCCCAUAGUGUCUCCCCCUCCCUUUCUCCCAUAGUGUCUCCCCCUCCCUUUCUCCCACAGUGUCUCCCCCUCAUCCCAUAGUGUCUCCCCUCCCAUUGUCCCAUAAUUACUUACCUGUCUUGGAGCGUGGGCUGGCUUCACAGCGCGCUCCGCGGUCCAGGAACUUCUAUUUCAGGUUCCGGUUUCCGGCGGGACUGAAAGGAAGUGUGCACACUGAGUGUGCACUUCCUUUCAGUCCCACCGGAAACCGGAACCUGAAAUUGAAGUUCCUGUACCGCGGAGUGCACUGUGAAGCCGGCCCACGCUACAAGACAGGUAAGUAAAGCUUCACAUUCGCUCCAUAAGACGCACAGACAUUUCCCCUCACUUUUGAAGUGUGCGAAAAAUAUGGUAUGUGUUUUCUUAUAGCUGCAUCCUAUGAGUUUCCCUCCAGCACCAUCUCCAUCAGAUACAUGACGCUUGGGAGGUAUGAUUGUUUUAGUGUUUUUGGUCGAUAAGAUUCCGUAAUUAGGACAAACAUAAUUGUCAGCACCAGGCCCACUGUGCUCUUAAUCCGGCUCUGAAGUCAACGACUGUAAAGACCCAUAUUUUAUUCCCCCUGGAUUCCCUGGUUCGGCAGCUUUCCAUAGAACCGAUCGCUAGCCCCCUGGAGCCGUUCGCAUGGACCAAACCCGCGAUUAGACUUCAGGGGGACUUAGCCAUGAAUGUCCUGUAACUAUUUUCGGCAUGAAGAGUUUGCGGUUCUGGUUGGUCCCCCAGCAGCAUUUAGCCGCGAUUCUAUGGAACCGGUUUGGGCAUGGGGCCGUGCGCUCGGUCGGUAAAAACUGACUUCCAGGAAGUUGCAUGCUUUGGCCCUGUCUUCCAUAUUUGCUAAUUGUGCUGUCAGGGAGCUGCAGCGCUUCUGCAGCGAACUUAGGGCUGCAUCUGUGGCCGUUUGCGCCAUCCUGGUACCUUGGAGUCCUGGACAGUUUCUUCAACUGUAGCCACCCUACUGGUGAGCGUGGAGACUUCCUCUCGUACCUGCGCCAUGUUGGCAUGGAACAUAGCUUAGAUGUCCUUCAUCAGAGCCUUCGUGGAAGGAGCAGCGUCCCCCAGCUCCAAGGGUGUUGCAGGUAAGUUGGUCAGCAGGCCGUCGUUGUCCGACGAGGGAGAUGUGCAGGCCUCAGCCCGUGAGAAUCUGAGGGAUACCUGAAUCGAUCACUAAUACUGAGCUACCUCACUAUUGCCGACGGCUCAUAGCAACCCUUCUUCAGCCUAAACAAGUGAAGCAGCUAGGAGUUGAUUCCGGCUUUCGCCUCCCCAGGACUAACAAAGCACCCAAGGAAGCCCCUGGUGAUGUGCUCAUAAAGUUUGUUCGGGACUCUGACCAGGGAGUACUCAUUGGGGCCUCUAAAGGCUCUCCCAGGGGCACACCUAGCAUUCUCCAGGGACUACUCCAGACACAUCCUGACAUGGAGGAGGUCUUUUAAACAAGUCACGCAACAGCUCUGAGAUAAUUCUAUCCCCCCUACAAAUGGGGCCCACAUCGCUUGCUGGUGGAAAAGGAAGGCCAUCUCUGAGGGGUCAGGCUGCAUGGCCGUGUGCAUAAAAGCAUUGAUAUCUUGGGAACCUGGGCUGGGAUCUGCUCGAGACUUUUUCGUCUUCUUCCCCAUAUCAUAGGGUACAUGUGGAGCUGCUUAGAACUUGGUUAGUGCGCCUCUUUUUGUCUGAUAUCGGCCGUUAGCAGAUUAAGCAGACGGAGCUACGGUAAUGUGUGUCUUGCUCUCGGAGAGAGAGUAAUCUUUUAAAUCUGAUAUGUUGAAUUGUUUCUGCAUUUUGUGCAGAAAUAAAAAAUCAGUUUCAAGUCUGCAUACAGAAGUUGAUUUAAAAUGGUAAUAUUUGGAGCGCUUAUUUAGUAGGUGAAAAAAGUCUAAUUAGAGCUAAUAACUUAAAUUACUGCUUCAAACACACCAUACACAAUGCAGUGAACAAGGAAAAAGAGGAAUAAGAGUGGAGCUAUUUGUUGACAAGUGACAAUUUAGGCAAUCUCCCCCUAAAUCUCUACAGGUGUAGAAAGGUUUAAGUAAAACAAAAAGCAAUACUUAAUCUCCAGGGAAGAGUCUACCAUACAUAGAUCUCUCAAAGCAUGUAGGAAAAAAAACAUAAAAAGAGCAAAUAAUAGUGCAGAUUGUAUUAAAUGUAUUCCCAGAUAUUAUACCCAAACAUAGAGAGCUAAGGAAAUACCAUAAGACAGUGUCUUGAUUUUAACAAGCUGUUAGGAAAGGAGCAAAUAGUAAUACAGAUUGUACUUAAAUGUAUUCCCAGAUAUUGUACCCCAAACAAAGAGGGCUAAGGAAAUACCUUGAAGCGGUGUCUUAAUUCUAACAAACUUUAGGUAAAGGAUUUAUUAUCACAGAUAAUUAAAAUAUGCAAUAAAAAUACAUAGAAGCAAGUUUACAAAAACACAUAGCUAAAACUACUAACAAACUGACUCUUACACAAAAGAGUUGUGAGUAAAGCACGGCUUUCGCCGUUACUCACUGCGAGGCUCGUAAAGGCUAUUUUAGCGGUUGUCCAUUCUCAGAAUACUCUUGCGACCCAUUUUUUGCUCUCCAUUAGUUUAAAGGGUAAUCCAGACGUGGACCCCUUUCUCACGGUGCCUAGAGAGAUAUCAGCUAUGCCUCACUGAUGAUGCCUAACCAGGCUGAAACGAUCGUCUGGGGUUGCUGUAUUUCUCGCGCAGAGAGAACUUGCUGGCAUUUCGGAUCUGGACUGCCCGUAUCGGUGGGACCAGUCUGAUAUGCUUCAUAUAUGUUCUCUUUGUAAUGGCACAAGAUGAGCUAAAACCAGCUUGAGUUCUGAGCGGGGACCCACCGAAGGGCAGGCUAUUUUAGCUGCUUUCCUUUCUCAGAAUACUCUUGCGACCCAUUUUUUGCUCUCCAUUAGUUUAAAGGGUAAUCCAGACGUGGACCCCUUGCUCACGGUGCCUAGAGAGAUAUCAGCUAUGCCUCACUGAUGAUGCCUAACGAGGCUGAAACGAUCGUCUGGGGUUGCUGUAUUUCUCGUGCAGAGAGAACUUGCUGGCAUUUCGGAUCUGGACUGCCCGUAUGGGUGGGACCAGUCUGAUAUGCUUCAGAUAUGUUCUCUCUGUAAUGGCACAAGAUGAGCUAAAACCAGCUUGAGUUCUGAGCGGGGACCCACCGAAGGGCAGGCUAUUUUAGCUGCUGUCCGUUCUCAGAAUACUCUUGCGACCCAUUUUUUGCUCUCCAUUAGUUUAAAGGGUAAUCCAGACGUGGACCCCUUGCUCACGGUGCCUAGAGAGAUAUCAGCUAUGCCUCACUGAUGAUGCCUAACAAGGCUGAAACGAUCGUCUGGGGUUGCUGUAUUUCUCGUGCAGAGAGAACUUGCUGGCAUUUCGGAUCUGGACUGCCCGUAUCGGUGGGACCAGUCUGAAAUGCUUCAGAUAUGUUCUCUUUGUAAUGGCACAAGAUGAGCUAAAACCAGCUUGAGUUCUGAGCGGGGACCCACCAAAGGGCAGGCUAUUUUAGCUGCUGUCCGUUCUCAGAAUACUCUUGCGACUCAUUUUUUGCUCUAUAUAGCUAGGAAUACAAAGCUGUAUUUGUAGCUCUAUACUUCCCUCUGCCCCCUCUUCCCUUACAUGAUUCCCGAUCUCCCUCGGUGCUGGAUCAGCGCUCCGCCCCCUCCAAUGUUACUCGAGUGUGAGGAUGUCCAGUGUCAUAUGACCAAUAGUCGCCUAACAAGCAGGAAGUGCCUCUAGGGGCUGUCUAAUUAACAGCCACUAGAGGCCGUCUUAGUCCUGCAAUGUAAUUAUUGCAAUUUCUCAGAAACUGCAAUAAUUAACAUUGCAGGGUUAACGGGACAGGGUCACGAAAGUGGUGUGGGUGCCUAUAGUGCCAUAUAGCAUCAGAGUGCUACUAGCAGCGAUUGAGUUUUCUUGAGCACAUUAAAAUGAUAUCCAUUUUAGUUAUUACUGAGUUCAGAUGUAAAUAAGUAUAGGUUCUGAGAAAUGUUUAAUUAUAAAACCCAUUUCCCUGAGUGAGCAGACUUGGUGUUCAAAUAUUCAUACUAAUUAUGUGCUAUGGUGAACAAAGGGUAUCCUUAUAUUAACAAUUAUUUUCACUAUGACUGCUAAUGCAGUAAGCUGUGUUUCUGGUUUGCGUCAUCAUACUAAAUACAAUAGAACCUGAUUCAUGUAUCCUAAAUAUAACAACCACGCACUGUCAUUUCAAUGGCAGGGAAAUGCUGAGCAUUUAACUGAAUAUUGUCAAAAUAGUAGAAACGCAGAGUCUUGAUGAUUUGUAAAUGAAAUGGCAAAAUUUUGACUCAAAAUAGCCAAGUUUGAAAAAUAACUAGAGAAUGCUUUUUCAAAACCGCUAUUGGCAUAAAUUUGGGCUGCAAAUUCUCCACAAUUCAUAUCUUGCUAGAAAUACUCCAAAGUUUCUAACAUUGCCCAAAUGUAUUGGGAAAUGAUGAACACAAGCAAUUCAUAACAAACUAGGUACAUUGAUUGAAGAAGUAUUCUCCAUGAGAAAUUUCUUUAUUUUUAUUUUCUUAUACGGAUUUAUUGAUUUAGACAUUGGCCUUACAGAGUAGGGUACAAUUAGAACAACAACCCAUUGAGUUUUGCGCAAACAUUGUUAAGCAGGGAUGAUAACCCGUAGUUAAUAUUUAACAGAAUUCUCUAGUGAAAUAUCCUCCAGUAUAAACAUGAAUAAUAAUCAAUUAAUCGUCUUUAAAUGUACAAAAUUAAGCUUUGAAGGUGAACUAUAGUCACCAAAAGAAAUUUAGCUUAAUAAAUCAGUUAUUGUAUAUAGACCAUGCUUCAGAAGUUUCACUACUUAAUUCACUUUCAUUAUGGAGAAAAUCACUUUAUUUUAUGCAGCCCUAGUUGCACCUCCCCCACACGUGACUUACACAGCCAUCCUAAACUCUUCCUGAAAAGAGUCAUCUAAUGUUUACACUUACUUUAUUCUGCCAUCUAAGAACCAACAUCCAGCUAUAUUAGGAUGUGCACACCCAAUGCCUACAGAUGUUUGGAAGAUAAAAAGGCAAACACAAUUUACACUACCUAUGUUAUUAUUAUCCUCUCUUCAAGGACCAUGCUGCAUUUCAUGAUGCAAUGUGUAAGGCUUUAGCGUUUAAGAUAUAUAGGUCCCUGCUGGCAAUUCGGAGAUCUAGUCAUCUGUUAAUACCUAGAACCCCCUUUUAGCAGCUGGGGGGAAAUGUAUUGUCAAGAGUAAACACUGUCACAUUGCAUUGAAGAAGUGGCAGCACACUAUAGUGUCAACUGAACAGUACUUAGAGAAAGAAUAGGCCGUUCACCCCAGUAUAUCCAAAGGAAAGAGAGUACUUCAUAUUUUAAUUUAAUUAGUUAAAAAGGAAUUUUAACAAUGUGCCCAAUGGUACUUGGUAGUUUGCGUUACAAAUUUUAUGGGUUUAUACAAUUCUUCAUUUUUAUUUACUACGAUUUCUAAAUAUUACAUAUAUUUGGAAGUAUGUAAAGCUUCUAAAAUACUUAUUUACAGUAAGUCAACAGGGCUUUAGUUACAAAAUAUUAUUAUACAUUGUGUAAACCUUCCACAUUGCAAUGAGCACUUGUAAGUGUAGAUGGGGGGAUGCACAACAAAAAUAAUCUAGUAAGGAAACAUGCACAGUGCAAAAAGAAUGUGCAUCUCUUGCUAACUCUAUCAUUGUAGAGUAAUUUGGGCCUGAUAGAAAAAUUGUUACAUUUUGUUUUUUAAAUUUUGUCAUGUAGGAUAUUCUUUUUGUUAAUUUAGGUUGCAAUGUAUGUAACAUGUACACACUAACCCUACCCCCCCAAAAAUAUGAUAUAAUAGAAGACGUCCAUAUUGGCCCUACAGUCACUUAACUGCUGAGUCAGUCCUUUUGACCUAUUUGCAUCAAACAGGCUAUUUGAGACAUGAACAUAGCCUGCCCAAGUGUAGGGCAAGUAGUGGAUGUUUUCCCUUCCCUUGUAAUUUUCCAGGAGCAAUUCCUGAGCUUCGCCAUUAUUUCCAAAGCAGAAACUGCAUUAACAUUACAUUCAUCUCUGUACAAAUGGAAGAACAUUUUAUACAUUGUGAUGUCAUGGCAAUAAAAAGUUCUGUGGUGUCUAAUAAAGAUUUUGAUUUAUGUAAAAUAUUGGCUAACACACUUCAUCACUCUUCUCUCCAAAGGUGGAUGCUGCCGUAACUGCCGCCAAAGAUGCUUUUCCAGCCUGGUCUUCCAGAAGCUCCCAGGAGCGAUCUGCGAUCAUGUUCAAGCUGGCAGACCUACUGGAGAGAAAUCUGGAAGAGUUUGCCCAAGCAGAGUCUAGAGACCAAGGUUAUUGGGAUCAUUUCUUUCAGGGGUUCCCAACCCAGUCCUCAGGACCCCCUACCAGUCCAGGAUUUGGGGAUUACCUGGGUGUGUCUCAGGUGUUUACAAAAAGGGAAAAAAAACACCUUAGACUCUAAGGUGUUCUUUUUUUCCUUUUCUAAACACCUUAGACACACCCAGGUAAUCCCUAAACCCUGGACUGGUAGGGGGUCCUGAGGACUAACGUUGAGAACCCCUGAUUUAUUUAGUGAUAUAUAGAAAGCUUCAUUCAUACAGUAUAUGCUAGUUGGGUAUUUUAAUAAAUAAACCAGGAAUUGAUAGAAAUCGAAAAGGGCAUUUUUUAAAUUCUAGAUCAAGAUGGAUUGCAAAAAAACAAACAAAAAAUACAAACAAACAGAAAAAAAAACCUUGGGUUUAGCUCAGCUAUUUUGUCCUAAAUUUUUUACUUACAAUAGUCAUUCAUGACAAUUUCAUUUUAGUAAAAAACAAACCAUUGUAUAUUAUCUACAUCUGGAGUUCUACAAUGUGAUAUAUUUGACCAUGUUUCAUUUGAUAUGUAACAAAUCAAUCAAUCAAUCAAUCAAUCACAUCAGUAGGAAAACUAAUAAAAAUGAAAAAAGCCAAAACCCAGUCAAUGAAUGCUAUACCCUUUAAUUAAAGUAAUACAAUUAAGGUGUAAGCUCAGGAAGUCAUAUUGUAACUUUUACUAUACUAUUUUAUUAGAAAAUAGAUAAAGUUAACCCCUCUUCUACAGAAAGGUUCAUAUUCAGGUGAGUACAGAUAUAAUGCAUACACUGCUUGAGAUAUUGCCAGCCAAUGUAUAAAUGAAAAGAUAUAGUUACCUAAUGUUUGCUAUCUGCAGACUUCCUGUUCACAUCACAGACAGCUGCACAGCCAAACUAGGCGAUGUUGCAUGCGACAGAUGUGUACUUUCAUAUGUCAUAUCUGUAUUACAAGUACUGUCACUGUCACUAAAAGGUGCCAAAACUACAAAGAACACACGCAUUUCUAUAUUAAAAUCUACACGCAACAAUACUCUAAUGCGUGCACUGAACUCACCUACCUUUUCAAUCACACAUGAUAUAAUGCAGAAUACAUCUCAGGGCUCAAUGCUAUUAUUCCCUGUAGAACCAAAUGUUAUACGUUAUACAAAGCCAUCCAAAAAUAUAAUUACCUCUUAUGUCAUGUAAAAUUAAUUUAACAUUAAACCGUUCAAAAUAUUUGGACACUUUAUGAAUGACAUCUAGUCAGGCAACAUCAAGAAUUUGAGUGUAGAAAAAUAUUCUUCAUAAAACAACUUGUUAUUUUGACAAAACAACUGAUGUCGAGAAAACACAUUUAUUAUGUCGAGAAUACAAUUUGUUAUGUCAAAUAAACAAUUUGUAAUUUUCGAGAAAAAAAAUUUAUGUUAAGAAAGCAAGUUUGUUUUCUUAAGAUAACAACUUGUUUUAUCGCUAUAAAGUCAAACAAAUAUUAAAAAUAUAUGGCCUCUCUGGGUUUUUAUAAUAAAUAGACAUAAGCAAAGGAUACCAAAACAGAUCAUAUAUGGCAAAAACUAAAGUAAACUUGAGCAGUCAACCAUAAGUAAUAAUCAAAUGACUAGAUUGAAACAACACUGACAUAAAACGACUACUAUCAUCAUAGAAUACCGUCAGCAUUAUUAUAACUAUAACUUUGUAGGUUGGAAUCGUAUUUUAAGUCAGUUAAAGCUUGAAAGGUGCUGUAUGUAUAAUUCACUGAAUGGUCUCUGAAGGUGAUAAUAAUACCAACAAAAAGUAGCUGGGAAAUGCUUGCCUAGAUGCCCUGUAUGAACGCACUGGGUUGUACACAAGCUGUGCUUAUAUUUGCAAAAGGUCAGAUCCCAAAAGUAAUUUUUGACAUACAUGAACAGUUGGCUAUGAAUGGCAACCUUAGGCAGUAAGAAAUGUUUUUCUAAUAAUGGUAUAUAGAUGUGGUCCAACAGCAACAGACUGAAGCACUCACAGAUCGCACAUGUAUGCACUUGCAUCUCAUUAUAUCAACAUAGGUAUAAUGUACAGUGGCAUGGUAUAUAUGUAAGGCUAAACUGGGCAGGAAGUCAUCUUUAAUCCCAGACAUUUACAGUUGUGAUCAAAAUGAUUCAACCCCAAUUGAUAAUCAUGUUUAUUGUCAACAUUUUUCUUUUUCUCCUCUCUUCUUUUUCUUUGUAAUAAGUUCAUAUUGGGAGGGGUGUUUAUGUGUGUGUAUAUGUCAGUGUGUAUAUCGGUGUGUGUGUGUGUGUGUGUAUGUAUCUGCAUGUGUGUCUGUGUAUCUGCAUGUGUGUCAGGUUGUGUAUCUGUGUGUCAGUCUGUGUGACUUUAUCUGUGUGUCAGUGUGUGUAUAUGUGUCUGUAUGGGGAGGUGUGUGUGUGUAUGGGGGGGGGUGGAGGGUGGGAGUAGUGGGUUUAGAAGGAACCCUUCUCUUUAUAGGUCUGCUGCCAUAAUAUUUUAUCUAAAAAUCCUUGUGGCCUGUUAGAUCCAUCUCUGAUUUAUUGUCAAAAUUUACACUUUCACCUGUUUGACAGAAAUAUAUUUAACCCCUUAAGGACUGGACUGUUUUUGCGAUGUUGUACAUUUGCGACCAGGAAUAUUUUUACACUUUUGUGGUGUUUGUGUUUGGCUGUAAUUUUCCGCUUUCUCAUUUACUGUUCCCAUACAAAUUAUAUAUUGUUUUUUUCAGGACAAAAUGGGCUUUCUUUACAUACCAUUAUUUAUAUAAUCUCAUGUAUUUUAAUUUUAAAAAAAUACAAAAAUCUGAUGAAAAAUUGAAAAAAAUACAUGUUUUUUGACUUUUACUUGAAAAAUCUUUUACUCAUCUACAAAAGCGAAUGAAAAAAACUGCUAAAUAGAUUCAAAAUUUUGUCCUGAGUUUAAAAAUACCUAGUGUUUACAUGCUUUUUUGCUUUUUUUUGCAUGUUAUAGGGCUAUAGGUACAAGUAGGAUAUUGCGGUUUCAAAACAUACAUUUUUAAAAUUUAUCAAUAGUGACAUUGUAACACUAUUAUCUGUCAUAAAUCUCUGAAUAACACCCACAUGUACAUAUUUUUUUUAAAGUAGACAACCCACAAUGUACUUUUUUAUGUAGCCCUUAGGUCGAAUGGGUGGGCGAUCAGGCCCCCAGACCGUUUGUGACGGUUCAACCGUCAUCAAAGCAAAAAAGCUCGAUGACUUUUGUUUGUCCUUAAGGGGUUAAAAAAUAAAUAAAAAUUGAAAUAGCUCAACACAACAAAUGUUUCAAGUGGUUUCCCGAAAUUCAACUGAAAGUAAAGCCAGAAUUUGUGGAGAAUUGACAGGGAAUUGCAAAUUAUAGGCUAAUACAGCUAAAUUAUAAAACGUAAAAAGAACUUUAAGUAGGAUCGCCAGGGCCAUCUUUAUUAUUGAUUGGACCCUGGGCAAAGCAUUUGCUUGGGCCCCCUGGAUCCUGCCCCCCUCCUCCCUUGUGUGCAAUCAUGCCCUCCUCCCUUGCAUGCAACCACAACAUCCACCCCAAUGCAGUGGUGGAACUAAAGUAAAGAGGUGAAAUAAUUUUUUUGGGCCCCUCUAUUGCAAGGGUGACAAAAAGGUAGAUCACCAUCUGUCGUGCAACUCCAACAAUGCAUUGACAGCUGGGGAUCUUCCAUUUACCUAUGUUUGCAGGUUUGUAUUUAGCACUGAGCAGUGUUUGUGUGUUUGAAUGUAAGCAUGUUUUUGUAUGGAGUAUGUUUGUGUAAAUGUAGGGAUGUGCUUGUAUGUAGUGUUCGCGUUUCAAUGCAAGCAUUUAUUUCUGUGUAGUGUUGGUUUUUGAAUGCAGGGGUGUGUUUAUAUAUAAUUUUGAUGUUUAACACAGAUGUAUGUUUGUAUGUAGUGUUGGUGUUUGAAUGCAGGGGUGUAUUUGUGUUUUGUGUUGUCGUGUGACUGCUGAGAUGUAUGCACAUACACACACACACACACACACACACACAUUGAAACACAUGUAGAUACAAAGAUAUACACACUGACAUACAUGCAGUUAUACAGACACAUAUACACACACUGACACACAGAUAAAGUCACACAGACUGACACACAGAUACACAACCUGACACACGUGCAGAUACACAGACACACAUGCAGAUACAUACACACACACCGAUAUACACAUUGACAUAUACACACACAUAUACACAUACAGCUACACAGAAAUACACAAUGACAACAUACAGAUACACAUAUACACACACUUGAAGAUACACAGAUACACACACACUACAUACAGACACACACACACAUAUAUACACACUGACACAUACAUACAGAUACACUGACACAUAUAGCGACAGACAUGCUGACACACUCAGAUAUACGCUGACAGACAUACUUAUACAGACACAUACAGACAGACACAUACUAAAACACACAGACAUGAAAGACAUGCUGACACAUUCACUGACACAAACAUACACUGACAUACUGACACAUACAGACAUACGGAUACAGACAUGCACACACUCACACACAUACACACUGACAGCCAUACUGACACAUACACUGACAGCCAUACCGACACACACACACACAUACUGACAAGCAUAUUGACACACAUUAACAGGCAUACUGGCACACACACACUGAGAGACACACAUAUGCUGACAGACAUACAUAUUGGCACACUGACAGACAUACUGACAUACAGACAUUCACAGACACUGACAUACAGACAUAUACUGACAGACAUUCACAGACAUACUGACAGACACACACACACACACAUAUACUGACAGACAUUGACAUACAUUCACAGACACACACAAACUGACAGACAUACUAACACACACAGACACAUAUUGGCACACUGACAGACAUACUGACAUGUACUGACAUACAUUCACAGACACACACACAAACUGACAGACAUACUGACAUGUACUGACACACAUUCACAGACACACACAAACUGACAGGCAUACUGACAUGUACUGACACACAUUCACAGACACACACAAAACUCUCCAAGGUAGGAUACAAGCCCACCCUCCAGUAUCCUACCCUGGAGAGUUGUGGCUGAAGCUGUUGGGAGUUGGGGUUUGCUCUUCCGGCCUCAGGAGUCAGUGGUGCUAGUAUCCAGGAUUAAAUCCCUAAACUCUUCCGGCCUGACCUCUGCCUCCUCCGUCUUUCCCGCGCAGCUCAUCUCUUUGUGGGAGGAAGUGACUUGCGGCCCUCACUUCCUUCCAUGUUGCCGAAAAGAAAGAGGGCCUGGCUGCGCUGUUAAAGCGCCACAGUGCACGACCGGGCCCCUGCUAACACAAGCUCACCGGGUGGCCCUUAGUGCAUGGGCCUCCCGGUGGGUCUCCUUAUCGUGCGCGUUCACUGGCGGGCCAUGGAGGGGGAAAAGAAAUGGUCGAGGGUAGCAGCGCCCCGUUUGCCCCGCGUUAAAGACAGCCCUGAGGAUCGCACUCAGGAGUCAGUGGUGCUAGUAUCCAGGAUUAAAUCCCUAAACUCGUAAAACAUCCCCAAAUUAAUCAUUCUUCAACCCAUCUAUUUUACUAAUUGUCUAUGAUUCCUGGUUUUGAUAAGCACAUGCAAACAGUAGAGACUGAUGCUUUUUACUGAAUGCAAGGAUGGAAUAGUCACACUCCUUUGCAUUCUCCAUAUAAUACAUGCAGACAACACUGAAUGCCAGCUUACUGUUGUUAAAACAUGUUCUUUCUGGCAAAAGCAUGUUAAGGAGUCAGGUCAAGCACAUUAAUAGUUGCUUUUAUUGAUAAGUCACUUGUAUUUAUUUCUACAAGCAAAGGCCUAGAGUUAUGCUGUUGUUUUGCAUUCUCUUAAAAAAAAUUUUUUUUGUUUUUUUAUUUCUGGGAAAUUUCAUUAUCACAAAAAGGCAAAUUAUAGAAAACCGUAAGCAUGUGUUGCUCGGUAUUUGGGGUAUUUUCAGAGGAAAUAGCAGCAGUACAAAGUGCAACAAGGUUUUGAUGUUUGCAAAGUUUUGAUCUACAAACAUCAAGUGAAGAUGGUUGAGCUGUAAAAAUUGCUAGGAAAUACCCAAUUUCUUGUUAUUUUGGGCAAAAAAUCAUAGGUUUAUGCAAAUCCAUUUCCUUAAAUAUUAUACAUAACUUUCCUUGUUUGGGAUGUAUGGUAAAUUAAGUUUGCUUCUGACUCAGAUUCUGCACUUUUUGUAAAGUACCCUAGAUUUUAUAACAUAAUUUACUGUUAUAUAAACUAGCAUGUCUCUGAGAUUCUGCAUUGAAGCUUUUUAGACUUGUUUAGCAAUUUGUAAAGCACUUGCACUUUUCUUAAAGAUUGUCUUCUAUUUAAAAAAUAGCAUAGGGGUAACGGAUAGCAAAUAUAACACCAAAAGGCAACUCUUAGUGCUCCCAUGUGUCCCAAAUAACAUGUAGAGUCCUAGUUCAAGACACUGUGAGAUGAAGCUUAUUAUUUAAAAAAGGAGCAGCUGUGCAGCCAUCACGUUUUGCCAUUUUCAUUUUGGAGAGGAGGGAGCAUGCUGCUUCCUAUAAUCUGCCCCCUAGAGCCGUGGAUUAUUUAGCCUAUCCGUAAAUAUAUUGCUAGUAAAAAGGCAAAUAAAAAUUCACAAAGAAUAAGUGGUGCAAAAACUGUGCCAAAAAUACGAGAUAUGGGCAAGUUGAAAAUGAACAAUAAAGGGUAUGUGGAGAAUAGAAAGGCAAGGUGAGCUAGGGGCAAUAAAAGAAGAAGAGGAAGACAAGACUAAGAAUAUUUAUGAAAAUAGAAAAAGUGGGGAAAUUCCUAAAGCGAUAAUAGAAAGACUGUUAGGUGCAGGGUUGAUGGCACCAAAUAUGUGAUUGAUUUCCAAGUAAUACAUAAAACUAUGGUCAUAAAUACCACAUCUGCUGUAUUUACCCUAAACCUAGUUGUAUUAACCCAUUACCCCAUUUGAUUAACACAUUGAUUUCACAGCAGUUCCUCCGCACUGUUCUGUAAAAUUAACUCAGUAUGGUGCGUUAAAGUGGUACUUUCACCAAUUCUAUCUUUGCAGGUGUUAGUUCUCUCUCUGUAUUACAGGAGACUCUGGGCUAACAAUGAAACAGUGACAACAUUUGACCUGGGACUUUACAGUGCCCACUUGGGGGUUCCCUACCCUACCCUAUUGCAAGACAUCUAAUUUGGUGCAUGCAUUUAAUUUUUCUGUUUGCACAAUGUUCAUACAGCUCUUGUUGUCUUCCAUCAGUAAGAUUAACUUUGGCUCUGGCAGUCCCUAGAAGUUGGUUAAGCCUUUGUGCUUCCUUGAGUGCAUCUACUGUGUAGAUAUUGUUUGCUUCUGCAGAGGAAUGUGCAACUGAUUCUCACUUAGACUAGUCCAGCUGAUAUGACCAAUCCCAUAUAAAAACACAAGGCCACUUAUAGAUUUACUAACUGAUUUGUCCCCAGCUCAGUCUGCAUGUUAUAUCCUACUAGUCUGGGAUGUCUGACAGCUGAUAACAUUUGUUCAAGGUGAACAUAUCAUUUGAGAUUUCGUAUUGCUCUCUUUAAUACAAACCAGCUUCUUUGACUGGGAGAGCUCACGUCUGCACAAUAUUCCCACUGCAACUGCAAUAUCAGAUCUGCAAGUUGUAGUUAGGUACAAAACCUUACCCACUAUUGUUCUUUACAUAUUGCUGGUUAAAUUCUCACUUUUAUCAGACCCUGUGAGGACAUUUGUACAAAGGGCAGUGGUGUAUCCUGGUUUUGUGUUGCCCUAGGCAUGACAAAACUCAGGCACUCCCCCCUCCUGCCCCACCUUCUAAAUAAACAUACACACUCACUGACAGACAACAUACACACUCACUAACAGACAACAUACACACUCACUAACAGACACAAACACACUCUCACUAACAGACACACACUCUCUAACAUACACACAGUCACUAACAGACACACAUUCACUAACAGACACACAUACACUCUCACUAACAGACAUGCAUACACACUCACUAACAGACACACACACACAUACUCUCACUAACAAACACACACACUCACUAACAGGCACACAGUUACUAACAGACACACACACUCACUAACAGGCACACAUAGUCACUAACAGACACACACACUCACUAACAGACACGCAUACACUUUCACUAACAAACACUCAUACACACUCACAAACAGACAUGCAUACACACUAACAGAUACACACACACUAACACAUUCAGUAACAGACACACACAUACUAACACAUUCACUGACAGACACACACACACACACUCUAACAGACACACACACACACACUAAGACACACACAUAGUAACACACUCCAUAACACACACACACACUAAUAGACACACACUAACACACACUAUCAGACACACACACAUACUCAUUAACAGACACACGCACACACAAACACACUCAAAUUUUUAAAAAAAUUCAAUCCCCCUAGCCUCCCUACCUUUGGCAGUGCUGGGGUGGAUUCUCACUUAAAGCAGCCAUUGAUUGGGUUGAAUACUGUUUGCAUACUAGAAUUGUUGCUGGGAUUAAGUCCAGUAAAAUGGAAGUCAAAUGAAAGUGCCCAGUCGCAGGAUAAAAAGGCUUGCAUUUCUAAACUUAAAUAACAUUUUUUCAAUAUCUUUAAAAUUUGUAUUUGUUAAAUAUAAGAAUAAAUAAACAUAAUAUUGAAAACCUUUAACAUUUUUGAGAAGGACCCAAACUCCAUUCAUGGCAAUACAUUGUGACUGCAAUUUUAUCAGUUAUCAAUUAAUGUAUAACAAACCCAUUCUGAGACAUACAUAAAUCAGACUCUUCCCAGUAUCAGAGGGUUGUCAGUGGUGCUCUACAGUAAACAAUUUAUUGUUGUUAGGUAACAUUGUGAUACAUCUGUGUCAAUACAGUCCUAGUCAAAGCAAUCCCAUUCCAAUAUCUGUAUCAAUGCAGGACAUUUAUUACAUUUCAGGGCUUGUGAUCAUAAAAUGACGCAUUCAUGUCAUUUUCAACAUGACCCUUAGUUUCCCAUUCUAACUUGGAUACAGCUUUGUCAAUUUCUAAAGCAUGGCUGCAUCAUUCUGGUUGCAGCAUUAUUGUCCCUAGGUUGAGAUCGUGUCAUUCUGUGUUAAUUGGUUGGCGUCCUACCUGGCACUUUGUGUUUGGGUCAAUGACACAAAAGGGCAUGGAUUUAUACAUACUCUUGCAUUUCUGUUAUCCUGUGCCAUUUUGUGGUUUCUUAAGCAAGUUUACUUACUUAACGUCUGUUCCUGAGUCAGCUACAUUAUUGACCAUCACUUGUUCUUGUCUUGUGUUCCAACCCUGACUAGUUCCUGACCACAAGUUAUUAUUCCUGUCUCCUGUGUAUCAGUCAAGGCUACAUUACUGACCCUGUUUUCGCUUAACAAUUUUGUACAUUAUCUUCCUCCUGAUCUAUAGAAACAUAGAAACAUAGAAUGUGACGGCAGAUAAGAACCAUUCGGCCCAUCUAGUCUGCCCAAUUUUCUAAAUACUUUCAUUACUCCCUAGUCUUAUUCUAAACCAGAAAUGAUUUAGUUGGUACUUCCUAAUCCUUCCGCAGUAUUAAGCUCGGUAAUGAGGCUGUCUAUUUUCUUUUUACUUUUUUGUUUCUUACUGUCUCCUAUUCCAACUCCAGUAACCCAAUAAUUGCUUCUGACUCCAUUCCACGACCCUGACUCUACAGAACUACUCUGAUGCGUUUGGAUUCGUUAUGAUCUAAUCUCUAGUAUGAUCUGAUCUCAGUGUUUUGUCUGCCUGGACAUCUUUCUCUGUCUAAUGUUUUGUAUAUUAACAUUACCAAUCUCUCAGGGAAAACAGUGACAUUUGCUCGGACUAUCGAUAUCCCUCGGGCAGUGUACAACUUCCGCUUCUUUGCAUCUUCGGUACUGCAUCACACUACAGAAUGCACUCAGAUGGACCAUAUGAACUGCAUGCAUUACACUGUGCGCACUCCAAUUGGAGUAGGUAAUGGCAUUGAAAAACAGUAAAACUAUCAAAGCCUGUUACAGUGUUGGUUAUUAUUAUACUUACAUCUUUAUUCUUGUCAGCUGGCCUAAUCAGUCCAUGGAAUUUGCCCCUGUAUUUACUAACCUGGAAGAUUGCACCUGCUAUCGCAUGUGGGAACACAGUUGUGGCAAAGCCCAGUGAGAUGACCUCAGUCACUGCGUGGAUGAUGUGUAAACUUCUAAAAGAAGCAGGUAACUUUAUUGAGCUUCUUUGUUCCAAGGAAAUACCUAUUAUCAUCACUGGAAAAUGUUGUUUGACUGACUGAAAAUGUUAAGCUACUAUUUUUAGGGUUUUCAGGGAUCAGGCCACUGAAAAAGUUGGCCAUUACAUUUAUUUACUAAAUGGUGAACUGUGUUGAAAAUAAGACAAAUAUAGAAGACAUAAUCCAAACUAGAUAUACCAAAAGGGUACAAAGCUGAGCCAAAAAGUGUAAUGCAAAAUAUAUACAUCAUAUAAAAAUGCUGUUUGGUUCAUAGAUCAUGUAAAAAAGAAGAAUUGUAUAUUAAAGGGACACUAUAGUCACCAGAACAACUACAGCCUAAUGCAGUGAUUCUGGUGUCUAUAGCCAGUCCCUGCAGGCUUUACAUUACAGCCUAGUAACACCUCUAGUCACUCAGACGGCCACUAGAGGAGCUUUCUGUGUCAGUGCUGCACAGUGUGCAGAGGUGGCAUUCAGCGUCUCCACACUAUGCAUGGAGGGGCUGAAUGUUCCCAAUCAAGAUGAAUUGAUUCACACACAUACAGACUCACAAGUUAUUAUUAUUAUUAUUUUAACCUUUCCACCCAACCUCACUACCUUUGGGAGAGCUGACAUGGACCUGUCGUUGGGGUCCAGUGGGGCUGCUGUGAGGCACAUGGCGUUUUGCUGCUCAUGUGUAAUAGUCUCCCACUGGUUUCAUAUGGAAAAGCAUUGAAUUGGCUUAGCUAAGAUCUUGAAGAUUGAUGAUCUCUGCCAUGGAGGUAGAGCCUGGCAGGAUCAACUGUGGCAAGAUCGGUAAGGAGUGGGAGAAAAGGUGAGUAAAAAACCUUUUCACUACACAGAGGGGCUAGAUACCUAAAUAGCCACUCAAGCACUAUAUUGUCAGAAAAAAACAAUUAGGGGUUCAAUCAUAACAUAUUGAAAUGAGGGAGGAAGCAGGUUUUUAUAAUGAGAGAAUCAACAGAAAUGUGAUGAGUAGCCUGUCAUUCUCUUUACUGCUCAAUAUAUAUAACUCUAAUUUUUACCAAUUUCUUCAAGGUGUCCCACCUGGUGUAGUGAAUAUAGUUUUUGGAACAGGUCCCAGAGCUGGUGAAGCACUAGUGUGUCAUCCUGAUGUUCCCAUCAUCUCUUUUACUGGGAGCACAGCAACAGCACAGCGAAUCAUCGAAAAAAGUGCUCCAUAUUGCAAAAAAAUGUCUUUGGAGCUCGGAGGCAAGAACCCAGCUAUAAUAUUCGGAGAUGCUGACCUAGAAGAGUGCAUCAACACUACGGUCAGGUCAAGCUUCUCUAAUCAAGUGAGUGUUAGUGUUCUAAUAGAAAACUUGCCACACGAUAAUGAAAAUAUAUUACAUCAUUAAUCUAAUUAAUGAGCAUUCACACCUCACUUCACAUAAUGCAGAAUACCCAACAUCAGUCAGAGCUGCUGAAUGCACCAUGUGUAUCAAAUUGCAAGCAAAAGAUUGACAUCCCAUAUUGCUAGAUGUGAGCACUCUGCUUCUAAAGGAGUUAUUUUUGGACCAAUAUCAUUUUGUGGUUAAUAGUGUAAGAAUUUUGCAAUGUGUAUGAUGGGUGUGCAUCUUAGUGUAACAUUCUAAGCUCACAACAUGUUGUGGUGAUUGUGGUGUGUUUAAUCACCAUUGCAUAGAGUAGACUUGUGAAAAAAUGUAAUUGAAAUUAUUCAUCAGAAUAAAAUUCUUGCUAAUCAAAACUGGAACUAAAUUAUUCUUAAUCAAUCUCAACUGUAGAUUCCACAGGUAAAACUACACGUAAAACAUUUAUUCGACAAUUUACAGAAAUUUAAUUAGAAAGAAACGGCUCAAAUAUUUUUUGCUCACAUUUAGUAUAGAGAUAGUUGUCAACCGUUAAUAUUGUGUGCCAAUAAUAUAGUCCUUUGGUAUUGUAAGGUUAUAGAUGACAUGAGGACUUCAAAUAUUGUAUGGCACUUGGCUUGGGUCCUCAGCAGAACAGGAUAUAUAUUAAUUUGUACUGUAAAUCAAAGGUGUGAUAUGAUCGUGUCUGAUGGAUAGCCUGUGGGGAAUGCCUGCGAACAAAACACUGAGAUGGUAGUUAUAUGUGGCAAACUGUAGUUCGUACUGAGCAAGGUAUUGAAAGGGUUUUGUAAACACUAAAAUAAUAUAAAAAAACAUGCUGUCAGACCAUUUGCUAAUGGUGUCCUUAAUCUGUUUUCCACACAUUCUGUUUUAAAGGUACACUCAAGCCUCAAAAAUAAUUUCACAGAAAAUAUAAAAAGAAUAUUCAUCCAUUAACAGUUUGAUCCAAUUAAAUAUAAUUAACUUUUUUUUUGUACAUAGUUACAUAGGCUGAAAAGAGACAUGUAUACAUCAAGUUCAGCCUUCCUCAUAUUUGUUUUUUGCUGUUGAUCCAAAAGAAGGCAAAAAUAAAAAAAACAAUCUGACUUCUAAUUUUACAACACACUAGUGAAAAAAAAAUCUCUCUUGACCCAAGAAUGACAGACAGAUUAAUCCUUGGAUCAAGAAGCAUUUACCCUACAUUGAAAAAUUAUAUGAAUAUUCUGUUUUUGCAGAUAUGCAUCUAGUUGCUGUUUGAACAUCUGUACGUACUCUGAUAAAACCACUUCUUCAGGCAGAGAAUUCCAUAUCCUUAUUUUUCAUAUGGUAAAAACCCUUUCCUUUGUCUUAGACUAAAUCUUCUUUCUUCCUGUCUAAAUUCAUGACCUCGUGUCCUAUGUAAAGUCCUGUUUGUGAAUAGAUUUCCACACAAUGGUUUGUAUUGGCCACGAAUAUAUUUGUAUAAUGUUAUCAUAUACCCUCAGACCUGCCUGACAACCCAGGCAGAAAGGUAAUUUUAUUUACAAUCCCUGUAUUUAACCCUGUAAUUCUCCAUAACACCAUAAAACCUGUACCUGUGGGGUACUGUGGUACUUUCAUUGUUGUACUGUAUUCGCUGAACACAAAUAUGAGGGUUUUAAAACACUAAAACUUGUAAUGUUGAUAAUAUCAUCAUCAGUGAAAGUGCAGUUUUUAUUAAAAAAUUAUUAUUUUUUAAAUUCUUUAUUUAUACUCAUCCCACCGGCAUGAGUAAGCAACGAGAAAGCAGGUACACAUUAGCAUAAAAUGUUUUUUGGUAAUUAUGUAGUGGUCUAUUUGUAAGCCGGCUGGUCACUUUGUUUUCAGGCCCUGCCAAGGGUGUGAGGUGAGCUAUCUGUUGUGCGUUUCCCUGUCAGUUGUAGACAUCCAUAGAUUGCUGACUUAGUACUAAUAUGGAGGGGUAGAGUGGGAAGUAUAGUGUUGAAAGCGCUACAGCUAAGUAAUAUUGCAUUUACACAUGACAUAUACCUAUAGUUAGGUAGUUUGUAUGUAUGCGGCGGACUAUUGUGGCUAUCCAAAUAAAUAUGAAUCAUACAGAGUUUACAGUAAAGGUUGUAUCCAUGCGCAAAGUCAGCCCAGUGCUCUAAAAACCUCUAACCCUCCUUCCUACAUACAUUUGGUUUGUAAAUACAAAUAACCAGACACUAGUUUGUUUAAAUAGUUAUCCUGGAUUUGGCAGACUGGUUUGAAGUCUUUGCAUCCCAAUGCUCCCACCACUCACUUUUUCAAAUUUUGCAUUCUUCAUCAUCUUGAUCAGCCCUUCAUCUGUGUCUUUCUCACUAUAAGGCGUCUGUUUUUUUUUAUUUUCUUUACUUCUUAUCACUGACAGAAGUAAAGAAAUCACUGACAUCUUAUCAUUGACAGCGAUUGCUCCUUCAGCAAAAUUGUAAAGUGGUUCAUAAAUGCAAAACAUUUUUUACAGAUCACUUGUUUAACAGUAAAAGUAUUAAUUUAGAAAUUAAAUAACUAUGAGUUAAGAGGAAAAUGUACAGGACAUUUGAGACAGGAAAAAAUGAAUACCAUCUCUAGAUACCUCUGCUUCUUCAUGUCCUUAUUGUGACAAUCACUGGAAUGUAGCAAACUGUGGUAUAGUAAUUACUCUUACCACCACUAGAUGGCAAUAUUAUACACAGGAUCAUUAACAGGAGAGCCAACAUACCAAACAAAUAUACCAAGCUUGGUGUGUUUUGUGUGUAUAUGAAGCAGUGGAGGUGGAUGAAAUGCAAGAAAAUUAAGUUAGGCUGCAAAAUAUUUUAUGGACUUGAGUUUGCAGAGUUGUCAGGGAUAAAAUCAGAAUUAGGUUGUAGUAGUUAAGAUGGGAGAUGACGAGGAAGAGAAUUAAAGAUUAAAAUGUAAUAUUGUGAAAAAUAAGAUGGAUUUAAGAAGACCUUGUUGAAAUAAAUAUGAGUCAUACAGAGUUUACUUUGACUACAACAUUACUAACUAGCUUAUAAGUAAUUUUUGGAAAUUCAUUAAUUGGCGUUAUCCUUUUAUAGGGAGAGAUCUGCCUCUGCACAAGCAGAAUUUAUGUCCAGAAGACAAUAUAUGAUGAAUUUCUGAAGAGAUUUGUAGAAGCUGUCAAGAAAUGGAAAGUCGGAUUGCCUUCUGACCCAACAGCUUGCAUGGGAGCUUUGAUUAGUGAAAAUCACCUUGCAAAGGUAUUGCCAUAGACAAUCUAUAUAACCAUUUAAAUAUUAUUUUUGUAUAUCAAAUGUUCAUACUUGUUAAUUUCAUUACACACAGCUAGGCCACAAAAUUAUAUAAACCUAUUUGUUUUAGACUCUAGACAUUCUCUAGAAUAUAUAUAUAUAUAUAUAUAUUUUUUUUUUAAAACCAAACAAUUAUUAAAGUAAAAAUUGUAAAGCCCUUCCCUAUCCCAGUCUCUCCCUCACACACUUCAUCCCAAAUAUCAUCUCUUCACCCACAUACACACUUCUUACCCACAUACUUUCACUCCCACACACUUACAUACAUACUUCACCCCAUUACAUACCAAAUCAUAUAUAUAUUUAUAUGCAUACAUACACACACUACAGCUUGUUGAUAAGCACACAAUGCACCCCCAAUACACAUACACUCACACUGCAGCCCCUAGAUGCACACGCACAGACUUUACAGGCCCUCUCAGCACACAUACAAUCUCAAAAGCUCUUAUACAUGAGCUCACACUACAGCCCUUAGUUACACAUAGUACACCAUAAACAGACUCCUCUAUACAGACACUAAACACCACAGCCCCUUCUAAACACCACAGAAAAUGAUCUUGCAUCUCCUGAAAAGGCUUUCCAGUUUCCUUGAAAAGGUGUCUUGCCUGUAAUAAGGAAGGCACAGCAGUGGGACUAUAGGCAGUGCUGGUGUUGUGGUUACACCAGGGCACAUCGAGUGGCCCGUGCUUUUAGGGCCACCCGAUGGGCAUGUGUCUUCAGUUUUUGCACCAGGGCCCACUCUAUGUUAGUUCCGCCACUGUGCAGCAGCUUCCCCGGCACACAAGCUCUGCCCCUGCAUGGAAGAUCGCCUCACCGUACACAAGCUCCACCCCAAUCUCUGACUGAGACACACCCUGACAGACACAGACAUACAGUGACAGGCACACACUCUCUGACUGAGACACACACUGACUGAGACACACAUUUUCUCACACAUUCACAAAUUGCUUAUUUUAAUUUAAAUCCACACAGCCUCCCUACCUUUGGGAGAGCUGAGUGGAUCUUUCCCUGGCGUCUAGUGUGUAUCCUCUCUAAUCUUCCUGCAGUUUCUCUCUGCUCCCCUGCGAGCUCCCUAUAGUGAUGCCGGGGUCGGAGUGACGUCAUGUCACUAAACAGCGCGCAAGGGAGCAGAAAGGAACUGCAUCAAGGUUACUGCUCCCUCGCGCGUCGCCUCCCUGCUCCCCCUGGUGGCAGGCUUUAGUGUUUCCUGUGCCGCUUAGUUAAGGGAUGACAAAUGCCAGGCACCAGGGCAAAAUGUCUAGUUGCCAUGGCGACCUGGCGCCUGGGAUUUGUCGAGCCCUGUAUAUGUAUGUGUGUAUAUAUGUAUAUACACACACACACAUAUAUACACAUAUUAUAACAUAUUAUACACAUAUUAUAACUUUUUUAUAAUUAUUACUUUUGUCCCUGACCCCUUAUGUGCCCCCCCAAAUAUGAAUCCUGGAGAUGCCACUGAUGCCAAGCCAAUUCAGGUGUAAUGUUCCCAUAUAUUCUGGGAUAACCAUUCCAUAGGAAAUUUCUCAAAUGAAAAAAAAUAAACAAUAUAAUAGUAUAAUAGUAUAUACAAUAGAACUACGGAACCAUGCACACUCAGAAUUUUUUUACAGAAGCAAAUAUACAUUUCAUCAAGUAUUUAUUUGACAAAACUUAUUUUCUGGAUGUAUGCAUACAAAAACCCUGUUACACAUUAUGGACUAAGGUACAUAGAAAACAUAUGCAAAAAUGUUGGGGGGGAAAGGAAAAGAAAAAGCAGACUCAAUAAAAAAAAAAAAAAAAGGAGUAUACCCAUAAAGGACACUCUAAAAAAAAAAGCAGAAAAUCCUGGGGUACAAAAUUUAACUAAAAAUUACAACGUGUGCUGGCACUCAAUUACAUAUAGGUGCCGGUAUUCGAGGUUAACCCCAAAGACAACCUCCAAACAACAAUCCUAAAAACUAUAUAAUGAAUACCGCACUCAAAUAGUAAUAAUUGAUACUAGAAGUUAUUGCUGUGAAAAAUUCAUGAUAUUUAUUCUAAAUAAAGUUAUAUGAAGUAUGAUAAUAGAAAUGUUCAUUUCAUCCUGAGUACACCAAUUAUAUACAUUGAAUAUAUACAAUAUAUACAGUAUAUACAGAAUAUUCUAUAUAUUGGAUAGAGUUCAUCUAAUGUGUAUACACUUGGUGAAAAUUCAUUGAAAAGUUUGUUGAAAAUACUGAAAAAAUAAAAAAAUGAAAAAUAUGAAAAAAUGAAACCGAUAGGAAAAUGAAAAAAAUAUAUAAAUAAAAAAUAAUGAAAAUAAUGAAAAAAUCCCCAAUCCAAACCAGAAAAAAGGAAAGGGGAAAUAAAAAGAAAAAGAAAAUAAGGAAUGAAAAGAAAAAAUAUAUAGAAAAACAAGCAAAAUAAUCUGAAAGUCCUGGUAGUCCAAUAUAGUGCACUAUAUUUAGCUGUAUCUGGAUAGAUCUCACCAAUUGUAGAAAUCUUGUUCUUGGUGUACCAAAUCAAAGUUGUAAUCAGAUGAUGAUCUAAACGAAGGUGAAGGUAAUAGUAGUUGUAGCAAACGGAAAGUCACUUCAUCAGCUCCCAGUUGUUGUGUGGUCAGAAGCAGCUCCCAGUGGGUAUGUGGUCUGAACGAACGGCAAUGAACUAAUGCAGGCAAUCCAGUCUAGGGACGGGCUGCGCGCUCGGGACUUAACUGUCCCUUCGACGGCCCCUGUGUUCUGUCAAGCAAGGUAGAAAAUUGUUUAAAUACCUGUUUUUGGCGGCAAAACAUAGCCGCAUCCACUCCAUAGUAUUCGCCCACUUCCGCAUUGUGACGUCAGCAAACGUUGCUGCGUCAUGCGUUCUCUAUAUAACUUUAUUAAUCACUUAACAUAGUGUGACAAACAAACUCAGUAAAGAUACAUAAUAGAAAAAUUGUUCACCAAAUAGUAUAAUACAUAUAAUAGAAGGGAAAACAAUGAAGUGAAUGCCUAUUUAUACAAACGGUUGUGGUUACAGAUGAACUGCCAUAAGCUUCAUAUAGUACACAUUGAAAAUUAUUAAUUUUAAUUAUUAAACAAACCCAAAAUUUAACUAGUUUAAUUGUAGCAAUACCACAAUGUAAAUGUGACUAAGUGGUUCUUCCUGUAUGUUCAAAUUGCAAGUGAAGUCCAUCACAUCAGUUGUAGAAAAUAAUACAUAAUGUAAUGGGUAUUCUCCCUUUAGUGAAUACACUGACCUCCAGUGUUUAGCAGCAAUAUUAUUUUUAUUAAACAGCUAAAGAAAACAAGAAUAGCACAAAGAGGUACAUUGAGCAAAAAUUAUGCAGAAGCCCGUCUGGCACAAAAAUAAGAAAAAUACGAAAGGUCCUCUUAAAGGAAUAUACUUGCAGUGGGAAAUAGCGUCAAAUAUGGUUUAUAUAGUUCGAGAUAUGGAAGUGCUGGAAUGUUCUUACCCAAAUCGUUGGUGGUAAGUGGUAAAAUAAUUUGGAGCUAUUCCAGCUGUAGUUAUAUGAGUACUUGAAUGCGGUAUCUGAUGGUCAACAGCAUGGAGUGUAAUUGACGUAACGGGGAGUUACCAAGAGGACUAAUUGGGCUGUGCAGUCGGGAGAUCUAUGCAAUAGGAAAAAUUUAAAUAUAUGUAUAUAUAUAUAUAUAUAUAUAUAUAUAUAUUCUCUAUAGGUAAUGUCAACUCAUAUUCUAUAGAGCCCGUUAAAGAAUGUCUCUUUCAUAUAACAAACUGGACGCUAUCAGAGUUGAAUCCUGCCCUCCUUUCUUCUUUCCUCUCUGCCCUAAUAUUGAAUUAUUGAGAUAGGGAGAAGGGAGAUAUAGUGCAAUAUGUUUUGUACCCAAUUAUAAAGAAAAGAUGAAAGGUUAUCAACCUCACACAUUUAGGAGCCACACCAGAUAAAAAUACUAAAAGAAAUCUAGAGAGUUAAAACCUGAAACCCAUUUCAUCUUUGUAUGACAUCUUGAGUCAAUGCCAUUUCCUCUUUUCUCCUCCUUUAAUUCCCUUUCAAUCUCCCAGUGGUUAAUUCAUUGGCAUGUGAUUCAUGCCUCAUUCCCACCUCUAUAUAUAGUUCAGUAUUGCUUCAGACCUGAGGAAGAGAGCAAAAACUCCAGAAAGCUUGUCUUUGAAAUAUUAUGUUAUGCUAUUAUGAUAUCAUUGCAUACUGCAAUCCACUGGUUUUUUGGCAUUGUGUAUAUAUAUAUAUAUAUAUAUAUAUAUAUAUAUAUAUAUAAAACAUUUGCGUGCCAAAUCUCUCUGCUACCCAGAACUACCAAUUUCCUGUUUGUGCAUGACUUUUAAUGUUCCACUCCAAUAUGCGUUCCUCAUGGUCAUCUCAAGUUUUGGUAUCCAUUUCAUUACCGCUUUCAUCCAUUUUGACUAUGGCCAUGUGUUCCACAUGGUGAUAUCAUCCUGAUGCUGGCGCAUGUAUAAUUUCCAUCUUGCUCUCCACUUGUGAAACUCCAAGCCUCGCUUUGGCUCCUUUAUACAAGUUCUACAGUCUUAUCAUCAUAUUCAAUAAAAAUGUAUUCUAUAUAUCUAUGAGGAGCCUAAAAAUCACCAUUAGUAUGUAUAUAAACUUUUGUUUACUGAAUAUGAUGAAAAGACUCAGUCCUGCACCGCCUCCCUGGCUGAGAUUGUCAAAAUUGCUAAUCUCGGUCAAUCCCAUAGGGAAGCAUUGGGAGGCUACUGUGCGUGUGGGGCAAAACGCUAUGCUGCCACAAAUAAAUGUUCUCUAAGAGUAGCAUUUGAUAGAGAACACAGUCAAACUCAAUUCUCACAGAAAAGUGCCUACAAUGGCUGUCAGGAAGACAGUCACUAGAGGUGUGCUUAACCCUCCAAUGGAAACAUUUCAGUUAUUGUUAUUAUUACUAUUGGUAUUUAUAUAGCGCUAGUUUUUCCGCAGUGCUUUACAUUAAAACUAAAGGACCACUACAACCAGACCACUUGAGUUGUCUGGGUGCCUUUAGUGGUCAUUUAACAACAAACUAUGGCCUCAAUUUAAUUUUGUUGGACAAGUAAUCAUUCUAUUUAAAAACACCUCACCUAGGCACCAAUAAUGGUGGUUUAUUUAUAGUAUAGGAUCAUACAUUACAUAAGUCUGCAGUAUUCAAUGUAUAUAUAUUUUUUAAUAUAUAAUAUAUUUGUUAUAUGUUGAAAAAAAAUCAUUUUAAAAGUUUAUCCAAAAAUAUUAAAUCUUUUGGAAAGCUUAUCCAACAAUAUUAAAUCAAGGCCUACAUCAGCAAAACAUGGGCUCAAUGACAGGACAUGCUGAGCCCAGAAGUAUGCCAAUUCGUGUGUAGAAUAGUGAGAAAACACAAAUUUUUCAAUUUACUUAAACAAUUGGAUGUGAAAAAAUAAAUCAUGGAAUGUUAUGUAUUUAAAUGUAACCAAAAUUUUAGAUUCCUCAAAGUAGCCAGAUUUGCAGAUAUACCACAGUUGGUCACCAUUGUUAUAUUCAAAUAUUGUUCAGAAAGUUCUUUCAAUACUGUUGUAGAGGUUCCCACAAAUGUCAAACUUGAAGAUGGGUUUCCUUCUAUGCUUCAGUCCAGUUGAUCCCAAAGCAGUUUGAUGAGGUUUAAAUGGUACUAAACAUCCACAUUUUAAAAAAAAAUUGAAGUUCACUACGUUUAAUGAAUUUCCCUUUCUUGUCUGAGCAGUAACACAAAUAGAGCUAGCUGAAAGAAUUGCUAGCAUCAACCUUUUAGUCUAAAUGUACUACCAUGCCUUCAAAACAGCAGUAAGUUGUCCACCAUUAAUUGUUCCUUUGCCUAUAACUUUGAUGCACUCAGCCUCUCAAUAGGUGUCCAUUUAUUGGCUGAAAGGCAGCUUAUGUUCUCAGCAUAUCACCAACUACUCAGCUUUCUCUUCCUCAUACUACAGUGCAGAGCGAAAUGGAAGGAGGGUGGCAAAAGUGCCAGGCACCAGAGCCCCAAUUUUGCCCAAUGUUUAAACAUCUGAAGAUAAGAAGUAAGCUUAAGUUGUUAUGGGGUGGGUGUGGUCUAACAGCUAAAAUUGGACAUAUUGGUGUGACAAAAGCAUGUCCAUCUAACAGGUGUACACGUGUACCCAAUAAAGUAACCUAUGAAUGUAUGUUAUUCAUAAGCUAUAUUGUAUAUUAUUUAAAUUGAAUAAACAAUCUCUUUACCAGGUUAGGGGCUAUGUGAAGAAGGCACUGGCUGAAGGAGCUGUUGUCCUUUGUGGAGAAGAUGUGGAUACCAUGCACAUUCCACUUGGAAAUCAAGGUGGAUAUUUCAUGUUGCCAACUAUUAUCACUGCAUUGAAGGAAGACUCCCCAUGCAUGCAGGAAGAGAUAUUUGGACCAGUGGCGUGUGUAGUACCUUUUGAUACGGAAGAAGAAGUGAUUUGCAAAGCUAAUGGUGUCAAAUACGGCUUGGCUGCCACUGUGUGGACAAGAGAUGUAGGUCGUGUUCACCGGGUUGCAAAAAGAUUGCAAUCAGGGCUAGUGUGGACCAACUGUUGGCUCAUUCGAGAUCUUAAUUUACCAUUUGGUGGUAUGAAAGCAUCAGGUAUAGGAAGAGAAGGUGCCAAGGAUUCAUAUGAAUUCUUCACUGAAGUUAAAACAGUUACCAUAAAACACUGAGGUGUUAGAAUUACUGUGAUCAUAGUAAAUGAAAUAUAAAAAGCCCUGGAUUAUAUGAUGCAUGUAUAUGUUAAGAAAUGGGAGAGGUCAUGAUCAGAUCUAAGUGUAUAGUUGCUCAUAGUUGCUCUCAGUCUGGGUUUAAAUCCUUCUGGAUUACAUUAGCAGCUAAUGCAGUGAAUCAUAUAGCUCAUUUCAAAACAUCCUGGAUGGCCCAGUUUUGAUUCAUUAAGAUUGAAAGGGUGAGUUUUAUUAAAUGUACCGAGAAUUAUGAAGAAUUAACAAAACUGUACAAAGUAAGCGAAAAUAACUGAACUUGAGAUUUUCUUUUUUUUUUCAAGUUUAACAAAUUUGGCCUAAAUGUUUCAUAUUGCUUACCAAUUUACCAAAAUGUGUGGCUUAGUGAAUGAAUCAAAUUUUUCUGUUCCUAAAUAUUGCUCCUGUACUCUCAAUCAAACAAAGUAUGGUUUAAGUCUAAAUGACUUACUGGCCUGUAAUAAUAUUUUUCCCAAAACCAACAUGUGUAGUAAAUGUGUCUCCUUUCAUUGGACAUAUUUGAAUUACUUGAAACAACAUUGCAUUCUUUCAAUCUUAAAUUAUCUAUCGAUCUAUCUAGAUAUUUUUAAAAUAUAAAUAGGUAGGAUGUUUUUGUAAUAUAGAGCGAGUGGUAUGCUAUUGUUAUUGGAGCAUUGAUUAUUGAUAUUUUCUGCACCUAGCAUUACCAUUGAAUUCCUUCAGGAUCCGUAAACUGUGUAGAAUGCUGGAACAAAUAUGGCUAAUUAUAAUGAUACAGACAUUACAGGAGAUGUAUUUGCUCGUUAAGCCUUUUCUACUUUUUGUUAGCAGUACCAUUUCUUGCCACUAGAUGGAAACAAAGUAUUUCAAAAUAAAUAAAACAGGUGGAUACCAUAGUCCAGUUCUGUGUUAGAAUCAACUCUUUAAUUAAACAACAAAAAAUAUUAACCAUGGUACAAAUAAAUGGUAUAAAUAAAAAGACUUGUAAAACCAUU